AUGUCUGGUCACUGGGGGAUUCUUGUUUCAGAUCCAUGGCUUCAGAAUCAGUUUACACAAGUGGAACUUCGCAGCUUAAAAUCCCACUUCAUGAGCAUGAGGAGGGAGAGUGGGAGGCUCGUGAUUGCGGAUUUGGCUUCCAAGAUGUCAAGGCUGAAGGUGGUGGGAGAGAAUCUGAGUGAGGAAGAGAGAGCUUCUUGUGUGAAGGAUUUGUAUCAAAACACCGAGGAGGAGGUUGAAUUUGAAUUGUUUCUUAAGGUAUACUUGAAACUCCAAACUUUUGCAAAUUCUAGAACUGGAAGUAGUCCAAAGAACUCCUCAGCAUUCCUCAAGGCAGCUACAACCACAUUGCUUCACACAAUAAGUGAAUCUGAGAAAGCAUCAUAUGUAGCACACAUAAAUCACUAUCUUGCAAAGGAUGAGUUCCUUAAGAAGUAUCUUCCUAUUGACCCUUCAACCAAUGAGCUCUUUGAAAUUGCAAAAGAUGGUGUUCUUCUUUGCAAGCUUAUCAAUGUGGCAGUUCCAGGGACCAUUGAUGAACGAGCGAUCAAUACAAAAAGAAUACUCAAUCCAUGGGAAAGGAAUGAAAAUCACACACUUUGCCUCAACUCUGCUAAAGCAAUUGGAUGUACAGUGGUCAACAUUGGCACUCAGGACUUCAUUGAAGGAAGGCGUCAUCUGGUGCUUGGGGUGAUUUCUCAGAUUAUUAAGAUACAAUUAUUGGCGGACCUUGAUCUGAAGAAAACUCCUCAGCUUCUUGAGUUGCUUGAUGAUAGUAAGGAUAUGGAAGAGUUAAUGAAUCUACCACCAGAGAAGAUCUUGUUAAGGUGGAUGAAUUUCCAUUUGAAGAAAGCAGGGUACAAGAAGAUUGUGACUAACUUCUCCUCUGAUGUGAAGGAUGCUGAGGCUUAUGCACACCUUCUAAAUGUUCUUGCACCUGAAUACACCAAUCCCUCCACAUUGGCAAUUAAAAAUCCCUUUGAAAGAGCAAAGUUAGUUCUAGAACAUGCUGAUAAGAUGGGAUGCAAAAGAUACUUAACUGCAAGAGACAUUGUGGAAGGAUCUCCAAAUCUUAAUCUUGCCUUUGUUGCACAUAUUUUCCAGCACAGGAAUGGACUUUCAGCUCAGACAAAACAACAGAUGUCUCUCCUUGAAACAUUUCCAGAUGAUACUCAAGACUCUAGAGAAGAAAGAGCUUUUCGCCUUUGGAUGAAUAGCUUUGGAAAUUCAGCAUAUAUUAACAAUGUCUUUGAGGAUCUCCGAAACGGAUGGGUUCUUCUUGAGACUCUUGACAAGGUGUCACCAGGGAUUGUUAAUUGGAAGAUUGCCAACAAGCCUCCAAUUAAGAUGCCAUUUAGAAAAGUAGAGAACUGCAAUCAAGUUGUGAAAAUAGGGAAACAGCUUAAAUUUUCACUAGUAAAUGUUGCUGGAAACGACAUUGUGCAGGGAAAUAAAAAGUUAAUACUAGCUUAUUUGUGGCAAUUGAUGCGAUACAACAUCCUACAACUUCUGAAGAACUUGAGAUUUCAUUCUCGUGGAAAAGAGAUAACUGAUGCUGAUAUUUUAGAAUGGGCCAACAGCAAGGUUAGCAGCUCUGGAAGCCAAAGCAGAAUGGACAGUUUUAAGGAUAAAAGUUUAUCAGAUGGAAUAUUUUUCCUUGAGCUUCUAAGUUCAGUGCAGCCCAGAGCUGUAAAUUGGGGUCUUGUAACAAAGGGAGUAACUGACCAAGAGAAAAAGAUGAAUGCCACUUACAUUAUCAGUAUUGCAAGAAAGCUUGGAUGUUCUAUAUUUCUGCUUCCUGAAGAUAUCACUGAGGUGAAUCAAAAAAUGAUCCUGACACUAACAGCUAGUAUAAUGUCUUGGUGCCUGAAGCACCCUCAUGAAGAAAGAACAGUGGGAACGUCAGAUAAUGAGAGUGUGAGUCAGUUGGAGACCACAUCAAAUUCAACACUAGAUGACUCUGCCUCUGAUUCAUCAGUAGAUGAGAGUGGGAACAUGUAA